UGGGGCUCUCAUGUGGCAGAGGGAGAGAGCUAUGGCUUAUGCUCAAACUCAACUCCAAGCUUCUCUGCCUGCUUGCUGCUGCUGCUCACAUUGUUCCCUCUACUUGUCUUGCUGCACCUUCCUCUCUCUCUCUCUCUCUCUCUCAUUCUUUGCUCUUACGUUGCGUUUCUAUAAAGGUGCUUGAGCUCGUCUCCACCUCUCCCUUUUAAAAGAUCUUUUCCUUCGUUAUUUAUUGCGCUCAUUUGGACUCAGUUUCGUUGGGACUCAGUAGCGAUCGGAGUUGACGAAGAGAUGGUAGGGGAUUCCUCGGAGCGGUGUCGUGUUGCGGCAACCGGAUGUCUUCCUGCUGGAAGUUCGUAGAUACUGUUAUUGCUUCACUGACAGGAUUCUUUUGAUUUUGUGAAGGUCCGCUCGUGGCGAACUCGAGGUUAUCCUGUAGAGUAGGAUUGAGUUGCUCUGGUUUUGACUGAGUUCUUGCUCAUGAGAGUUCAUUUCAGAACUUUCAGUAGAUAAGUUCCUUGGAUUGCGCUCCGUGUGUUUUGAUUUUUUGUGCUGUUUCGCUUUGGAAGAGCACUUUGGCGAUUUGUAUGCCUGUAUGUAUUUUCAUAUUCUAGGAGAUUAAUGCCAGGUAAAGAUCCAAGCAUUGGACGCAUUCAUUAUGAAGUAUGAAGGCUGCCUUUCAAUGUGACGUAUUAUUUGUUUGAUUGUUUGUCUGAUUGUUUGAACUUUUUGUUUACAAGUUAAUUUUCACCGCUCAUCCUCAUUUUACGAUUGUUAUUUGUGAGGUGCAGUCUCGCUGGUUAUCCAGUGGUUUUAAUUUCGAAACUUGUGAUCGUGCCUCCUUUUUUUCUUUUUUCGUUUUUUGUUUUUGUUUUUUGUGUUUCGCUUACCUGUCGGCCUGAAUCGGAUAGAAGCAUCAAUCGGAAUUUUCGGGAAAAAUGGGUGUGUAUGUGUGUGGACUUUGUACUUGCGCACGUUGCUUUCUUCUAUUUAAGUAAAGAGAAUAUGGCUCUGGUAUGACAUGAAGUGUAGCUCUUUUUAUCUACAGUUCUGCAACACAUUCCAGCGUGUUAACAACCUGCUCUCUGUGCACCAGUCGCUGUUAACUCAAUGUAUCUUUUCUGCCAUUAAUUAAUUAAUUAAUUAAUUUUUCGCUUGUCCUUGAAACAGAUAAACUUGCAGAUGGUUGAAAAUAGAAGUGUGAAGGUCUUUCGCUGUUUGUCUCGUUUAAAUACUGAACGAAGUUGCCGGCACUUGCUUUAACUGGUCUCACAAUUGAUAUUAAUCGUAAUGCAGAAUUAGGCUGAUUCUCUGUAGCUGCAGAAAAUGCUGUGUUUCGUUCUAGCUGUAAACUUGAUUCAUACAAUACUGAGAAUAUUCCUGAAGUGUCUUUCUCGUUCUACCAAAUUUAAAACCAGUUAGCAUUAUGUGGUUCCUCGGCUUCCGGAUGAUCAUUGUACUUCUAUUUUUGAUAUGUUGUUAGCAGUACCCAAUGAUGUUAGUAUAUUAUGCGGAAUAUGGAUCCCUGGGAUUCUCGUAUCUAAGUCCUGGUUGAGCUGGUUCGUCUUGGAUGCUGGCGUCAUUUUGAUAUAAUGAUCUUCCUGUCUUUUAUGAUCAAAUUUUUUUCUUGUUAUUCCAGGAAUGUGGAUUUGUAACAGAAUGUGGAUUGAGUCAAAAUAUGUCGAUGUUCGUAGGAUAUCUGGUUGGUCGUGACGUAGUUAAGAGUCUUUAGUAGUGGUCAGAUUUGAUGUUUUUGUUCUUUGUUUUUUGUUUUGUUUUGUUUUGUUUUUUAAUUUUAUUCCCGAAGAUUUAUUUCUGUGGUCCAAUUCCUUGUUCUACGAUCCCUAUCAAAAUUUAGGUAUUUUUUUGAUGCUGUUAGGCGAUUGUGAACAUCGAGAAGACUUUAUUUUUUUUGGGCUGGCAAGGCGUUCCCUCCUCCUCUCUUCGGCUACUCAAAGCCAGCUUGUUGUGCUAGCACGGAAUUGCUUGUGACGAUGCCCGGAGAACAUGGGUCAGGAGGAGUCAGCUCCUAUGUUCCUCCAGGGACAUCAUCUACUGAAUCAAAAUCAUGGCCCAACAGCCCUCAGAUUCCUCUUCAGACUACAUUUCCGACUGAAGUACCAUCAGGAGUUUUGCCGACUCUAGCCUCUAAGGCUGGGUCGGGCGAUAGUCAUGAGAACCCAGGGAUCAUGUCGGCACGUCUGUCCGAAGAUGGCGACGGAAGUGCACUUUCCACCCGUAGUUCACAGGACAUUGCAAUUGAAAAGACAUGGCCUGUUGGAGCUCCAUAUGGGAACGGAGUUACAAAACCCGUCGCUUCUAGGUCCAAAGAUGAUCUUUCCAAGGCUUUUACUCACGACUUGGGAUUCAGAGGUGAUGGUGAGAAAGGCGAUUUAGUGGCUAAGGGAAAACUACCUCUUGGUCCCAAGUUGCAGGACCUGGCGAAGGUUACUGCAACUCACAGUGAUUCCCAUUUACCGGUUGCAAUAGGUGGUGUCCAGCAACACCGGGAACCGCAACCUUUUGCAUUGCAUAGUCCCCUCUUUGAUGCGCAGCCAGGAAUUGAACAAAAGCCACUAACUGAGGAAGCGCGGCAUCUACACGCUACCCAAUCGCUUCCUGUUUGGAUGCCUUCUACUGUGGCUAGUACAGAUGCACCUGAAAAGAUAUUAGAAGAGAUUGCAGAUGUUAAAACGCCUCCUUUAACGCCACAAGUAACUGAGGAGAGUAACCACAGCAGUCUUAGUGGAACUCCAGUGAAAGAUCAAAUGGCUAGAGCAACAUCAAUGCCGGUUGCUGACUAUAAAAUGCCAGAUCAACUGCUUCAAGGUCAUUUAGCGCAUUCCAGCACACUGAAGAGAAGAAUAAAGAAGAACCUUGAUAACGCGAAUGUUCGAGUUGCAGAAGCCAAGUUGUCAGAUCGGAAAAAGAAAAGGCUCAUGAGACAAUUCGUUAGUAUCCAAACGGAUGGAGGCGUGGAGUUUGAUCUUGGUCGAAGUAGUGGACUGGCCAGGGAUCUCUUUGGAGAACAUGUCAUGGACGAAGAGAAAUUCGAUCACAAAAUUCCUGCAGCUGACCAAAUUGAGGAGGGAGACGAAGAGAAUGACCAAAAUCCAAUUCCUCCACUUAAAAUAGUCAUGCUCAUCGUUGGUACUCGUGGUGAUGUUCAGCCGUUCAUUGCUAUCGGCAAAAAGUUACAGGAGUAUGGUCACCAAGUACGAUUGGCAACUCAUGCCAACUUCCGGGACUUUGUGAAGAAAGAGGGAUUGGAAUUUUAUCCACUAGGAGGAGACCCAAAGGUUCUUGCUGAAUACAUGGUGAAAAAUAAAGGCUUCUUGCCCUCUGGACCUUCUGAAAUUUCAGUGCAGCGGAAACAAAUCAAAUCUAUUGUGUACUCCCUAUUGGAUGCUUGCAUUAAACCGGAUAAGGAUACUGGAGUCCAUUUUCGUCCUCAUGCUAUUAUUGCCAACCCUCCUGCAUAUGGACAUGUCCAUGUUGCAGAAUAUCUCAAAGUCCCACUGCACAUAUUCUUCACAAUGCCAUGGACGGCAACCAGUGCAUUUCCACAUCCUCUGUCUCGAGUGAAACAAUCGGCUGGAAACCGAUUGUCCUACCAAGUGGUGGACUCGUUGAUUUGGUUGGGCAUCCGAGGAAUUAUCAACAGUUUCCGUAAGAAGCAUUUGAAGCUACGACCCAUUACGUAUCUGAGUGGUUCGCAAGGUUCUAUCUCCGACUUGCCUACAGGUUAUAUAUGGAGUCCUCAUCUUGUUCCUAAACCGUCAGAUUGGGGACCUCUUGUCGAUGUAGUAGGAUUCUGUUUUUUGAAUCUAGCUCAAAACUACAAGCCUCCUGAUGACUUGGUGAAGUGGUUGAAUGCUGGGUCAGCUCCUAUUUAUAUUGGAUUCGGAAGUCUUCCUGUGGAAGAUCCUGAAGGUAUGACGAAGAUUAUUGUAGAGGCGUUGAACAAGACCGGACAACGAGGUAUAAUUGGCAGAGGCUGGGGCGGAAUCGGAAAAUUGGACAAAACACCAGACAAUGUCUACCUUCUGUCAGACUGCCCCCAUGACUGGUUGUUCCCUCGAUGUGCUGCAGUUGUUCAUCAUGGAGGUGCAGGAACCACUGCUGCGGGUCUGAAGGCUGCGUGUCCCACAACAAUUGUUCCAUUUUUUGGAGAUCAACCAUUUUGGGGUGAGCGCGUUCAUGAAAAGGGCGUAGGACCUGCUCCAAUUCCGGUCAAGCAUUUUGACUUGGAAAAGCUUGUCAGUGCCAUCGAGUUCAUGCUUGAUCGUUCAGUUAAAAAAGCAGCCUUGGAUUUGGCUAAAGGCAUGGAAGGUGAGGAUGGAAUUCAGGGGGCGGUAAAUGCAUUUCAUAAGCACAUUCACAAGGGGUUGCCUGACAUUUUGAAAGAGCCACCGUUGGAAGAGCUUCAUCACCAGAGACACCAUGGGAUCUUGUUUAGGAUAAAGAGGAAGUGCAAAUCUAUGAUACACCAUUCUUCAAGUGACCCAGCUUAGCGCCUUCGCAGUUUAUAGUUCCCACUCGGACAUGCUUCUGCUGUCUUUGUCUUUUUUGUUUAAUCAUAGAAAAUGCUCUUCUACUUUCGAGGUGUGUAGAAUGAGCCAUUGUCAGAUUCAUCUUAAUUUCUCUUGUACAGUAUAAUAAUCUUUCGAAUUUAUUCUCACGACUGAUAGGCAACCACAACUUCUGUGUACCACAUGUACAUUAGAGGAUUUACUUUUAGGAUUAGCUUAGAUAAUUCUCAAUUUUACCAACAAUAGUGAUUAUUAGAAGAAGCGAUUCUGAGGUUUUUUUUCAAGGUGUAGUAUGUAAUCAGGUAUGCGAGAUGAUAAGGUUUUGUAUGAGGCGUAUCUUCACAGCAAAGAAGAAUGAUUUUGUGCUACA